CUACCUCCAGGUUACAGUGCUUCCCAUCGUGAUAGGUUUGGCGCAUCUAGUAUGGACAGCCUCGCUUCUGUUGCCAGUGCGGCGUCUAGUGGUAGAGAAAAGGAGGAGGAUGCUCGGAUGCUGAGCGAAGGAGUUGUACAACAAUUAUGUGGUCCAGGCCUACAACAACAAGGGGAGGAUAUUGAUAACGAAGUACUACGAGAACUUCAACAUCAACGUCCACCUCCGCAACAGGUACAUCAACAAGAGAGCGAUAAUUAUACCAUCAUCAAGCACGACCACAGCUGUUCUAAAAACGAC